GGAAGAGAAAUUUUCUGAGACAUGUUUGUUUAUGCAAAAUGACAGCCAUGUUGCCUAGAUUAUUAUAAUCCAAUAAUAAUCAAUCUGCUAAUCAACAAGGAAACCUUGUUCCCAGGAGAAGUUAUAUUUAUACGACAUUAGAAUAACACUUUUAACUUGAGAACAUUGGGUAGAGAGGUUUCCAAUGACCGCUUGUUAAUGAAAUAUAUUUACCUAAGCACUUGGCCACGGAGCCAAAAUUGAAUAUUUAAUUUGUCCAAGUAAAAUAGAAAAUUUAGACAGCCGGAAGAAACUAUUUUGUUUUUCAACUGUGAUGUGUACUGUGUAAUAUAGGAGCUACCUUAAUUCUCCCUUUACACAAUGCCAGUUACCGCCGUUUUACGUCAAAAUCUCUCAGACAAUCAACUACUUUUGAUCUUCUCUCAACAAAGUUAUAAAUCCAAACGUCAACUAGGAACUAUAUGAACAGGCAUGUAGGUUUCGUUGUAGUCGGUAUCUUUGGUGAUGACUGUCUUGAAGUAAACAAAAGUAAAGGUAUUCAUGUGAUUGGCUAUUAAAUGUCACGUGACGCGUUGUUUAAGUGUAUUCUUACGUCGGCUGUAGAUAAUCUUUGCAGAUAACUCCAAGAUAAGAUUUUUAAGAAAACAAACACAAGAGUGAGCUUAAAAACAUUAAUUAGGCUGUUACUCAAAUGUAACUAAAAGUUGUUGUCUGUCUUCUACAUUCAUCUAAGAUGUUAUCGGCUACUAGUGCGUCCGUCAAUACCGGCUUACUUGCAUCUUAUUCUUCUAUAAACCUAUCACACGGUGGAAAUGAACCAAGCCAGUUGCAAACAGCCCUGGGUAAACGUCUAUUCGACCUGCUUAUAGGCAAGCAACAAAAAAAUGACGUGCGAAAUCGAAAGAAACGAGUAAAAAUAAACGUAUCGGGUCGAUUAUUUGAAACUUAUGAACGUACUCUAAAGUCACGAGAAGGAUCAAUAUUUAAAAUGAAGAAUGUUUUAAAUUAUUUUGACAAGGAAAAACAAGAAUAUUAUUUCGAUCGAGACCCCAGGUCCUUCGAAGCCAUUUUGACUUACUUGCAAUGCGGCUUACUCCUGCAACCAGAGAACGUAGCAUACAAAGUAUUUUUGGAAGACCUUCAGUUUUUUGGAUUUGGAAAAGCUGCACUAGAUAUUUUCAAGACUGGACAUGGUCAAGUUAAGCAGGAGAAGGAGAAUAGUCAACACUUUGUAAACUACGAUAAACCCAAAACGUUCUGGAGAUGUAUGACUGCUUUAGAAGCGAAUGGGGCGUUCACCAUUUUAAACAUAUUUGGAACACUUAUGAUAGUAUUUUCUCUAUUUUUGUUUUGCAUUGAGACACUGCCCAACAUUACAAAAGAGCAAAAGAAGGUCUUUAAAAAUCUUGAGACUUUUUGUGUAAUUUGGUUCACAGUUGAACUCGCAGCAAGGUUCGCCAUCGCAGAAAACAAGUGUCGUUUUGUUAUCAAUGGAAUGAAUAUUAUCGAUUUGAUAUCAAUAUUGCCGUUUUAUAUCGAUUUAAUUGUGUUCCAAAACAACAAUUUAGCUGGAUUUGCCAUUUUACGAGCUCUGCGUGCGGCUCGAAUUUUUCGUAUCUUUAAACUCUAUCGAUACUCAAAAGCCAUUCACUUACUUAUAUACACAUUUGUUUCGAGCAUUAGCGAGUUACUUUUGUUAAUUUUUUUCAUGAUCGUUCUUCUUAUUUUGUUUUCUGCUGGUAUAUACUUUUUUGAAAACAAUUUUGAAGAUCCGAGCAACAAAUUCAAAAGCAUACCUCAUACCUUUUGGUUCGCUAUUGUUACCUUGACAACCGUUGGUUAUGGAGAUAUGGUACCAUCUACAUCAGGUGGAAAAAUUAUAUCUGCAGUUCUUAGUGUAACUGGAGUCUUGGUGAUCGCUCUACCGAUUCCAAUUAUUGUAAAUAACUUUCGACGGUUUUACGACAGAAUGAUGUCACGAAGUCCGGCUUAUCAAUUCGAGUUCGAUCUAGAGAAAUCUAACGAAGUAAAAAAUGAAGACUUUAGAGGCGAGUUAAAACAAUGACGUCAUUCGCUAAUCUUGUGCCCAGGACGUUUAAGGGAUACAAACCAAUAAAAAAAGUACACCUGACGAUCUAGUUCGAUUCCAGCAUCUUCUUAGAACUAUGAGGAAGUGUGGCGUUGAGAAGCGAAUGGGACUAGGAACGAGGUUUACAGCAGUGCUCUUCUUAUUGAUUGUCAGGUUGUCAUGACUACUAGUAAUUCAACUUGUGAGUCAGUUUUACUUGAACACUUGAAGUAUUUUGUGCAAACUUGUAGCAAACGCAAUUUUUAAAUGUCGUGCCACUUCAAUAUUUUGUAAUGCUAACUCUAAAUAUAUCCUCAAGCUAUAACCAACCUCGUCCCCAGUUUUUUUAGGAUGAUACCUGAGAAACCUUUUUUGGUUCCGUCCCAAUGUAAAAAACUAAGAAGUCCGAAGGACGAGGUUGAGCAAUAACGUAAUCGUCUCAUAAUGCAAAUUGAGAUUAAACUAUAAAUACCAUGAACUUCAAGUCAAUAACUUUUCACUUAGUUAUUGCACUUUUAAUUUUUAUGAAAUAAACCGGCCGACGCAUUCUCGUCCCCAGAGUUCUUUGAGAUAAAAAACCUAGGUUUAUCUCAAAGAGUUCUGGGUCGAGACUAAUACACAUUCAUGAAUUUUUUUGUCAGUAUUUUUUACGCAGUAUUAGAAAAAAGUCUGCAGUUUAUCAGAAAAAAGUCUGCAGUUUAUAAUGAAAUAUGGAAAGUCCGGACAUCAGAAAGCGGGAAAUUUCGAUCCGUUUUCUAUUUUUUAAUGGAAUGGGAUUUGAAUUAAGUGAAAUGCGUGAUAUAUUUCGACCAAUUUCUCGAAGUGUUGUAGGUUUCCAUUGGUCUCAAAAUGUUGGGUUUUAAGUAAUACAACGUAUAACGGUGUAUACCAUGGACUGGGGUGGUGAAAAAUAUUUUAGGGGGUUAGUCGUUUCACCAGGAUAGAAUAGGAAUUGGUAAAGAUAAGCAUCUACUUUCUAAAAACGUGGCGGGAGUUAUUUGGAAAUGUAUAUGCAUUUAUCAUGGUGGAUAAGGUUAUUUUGUUUAUGUAUGCCAUGGUUCGGGUUAUUGAUAAGUCUGGGAUUUUCGCCUGAAGGUUUUAGAUAGCGUGUUACGGGAAGAAAAAGCGUGGUGUACAGGUAGUGUGUGUGUAUUCAAGGAGGGUGGCCUCCGCUCAUGUAAUGUCAUAUUUAUAGUAUAGAGUUGCGAAAAUAGAGCCUGUAGGUAAACGAGUUAUUGCGUUUCUUUCCGUCCAGCAACCCGUUUGUUUAAAAAAAGCAAAUUAUAAAACGCUCGGAAAUGGGUAACAAUUAGCACGCCUUAACGUUACGCAAUGAAAGAAAGAGUAUUUUAACUCAAAAAUAAAUGAAACAGAACCAAAGAAAAACGAUAGGUGUAAACCGUCAAAACAACGAGAAUGAUCGAUUUGCCAAAACGGCCGCCAUCAGGAGCAGGUACCGUUUCUUCCAUGUUUCACCUGCCCGACAGGGAAGUAUCCGAUGAGAAAAACGAAUUAAUCCUUUUACUUUAGUCUUUCUACCGUACAAGUUAACAGUUUGAGAGUGAGAGAGUUUAUGAGAGUAAAACAACAUCUUUAAAAACGACAGAAAAGUUCCCUACAAAUGUGUGCUUUUCUUUAAAAACACUUAAUUUUGAAUCAAGUUUCUUAGUAAAAGAAACUUUGAACUUUUUUAACCUACUAUCCCAGACACAAAAUUUUUGCAAAAGGUUCUUUUUUUGGCUAUUUCUCGAAAUAACGAAACGUCAUUACUUGGCUAGUACUGAGCAGUCUGUAUACUGCAAAAGUUUUUACUUCAAAAUGCGCUAGCUACAUGUGUGCGUUACGGAACAAUCCUCUCCGCGGCCCGCAACUGUUUGAAAAAACGUGAAAAUGGGACGUGCUAGAGUCAGCACAAAUGAUCACACUUUGAGAUUUUGGACCUAAGGAAAGAUCUUUGACAAGUAAACGUUGACAAGGAGAUAUUACCUGAGUCAUUUCGUAGCCCUAUGAGCGUUAUAUUUUCUUAUUUUAAAUAGCUCGAUCUCAUGAUUUUUUGUGCCCCUUUUUUUUCUCCCUGAAAAAAAAGUAUUUCAAAAGGGAAAUCGAAUCAUUUCUGCAAAUUACUUUUUAAAUAUUUGUGAAAUCUUAUUUUCGGAAAAGACAAUUGCAGGUGUUAAAUAUUUAGAAUGAGUUUAAAAACAUCCUAGGCUUGUCUUACCUUGGACAAACACCGCUCAAAAAAAUCUACGCACUGAUAGAUUUUAAUAUACCCGAGAACUCGAUAACUUUUUUAACAAAAUUGCACAAAUUGGCAAAAAUU